ACAAAGGACCAUAUCCAGCAAGAUGUCGACGAUGCGAUCGCGAUGGGUCUCGAUGGCUUCGCCUUGAAUGUUCAAUGUCCGACCGAUGCGUUCGCCAAGGACCUAAUCCAAGAGAUGGGACGCUACAUCGAGAUGCAGGAGCUCCAAUUCGGGAUCUUUAUCAGUAUGGAUGUGUACGCCUCGGGAGGGGCAUCGUGCGGCGGCGCAGGCGCUGCCGACUACGUUUCCCUGUGUCAAGAGGCGAUGGCACUCGAGGCGUACUACCAGGUUGACGGCAAGUAUGUGAUCAGUACGUUUACCUCAGGUGGGGGCACGUGGGAGACGUGGAAUCAUUUCAAGGCCUCGUUGUCCGACCUGGGGUUCGAGGUGUAUUGGAUCCCGGACCUCGACGACACGGAGGGCUACUGGGACAGUCAAGCGGGCUGGUGGGAUGCGUGGGGCAAUCUCACCGAUGGCCUCUUCAGUUGGGAAUCUGCCUGGCCAAGUCUGGGGCAACAGGCUUCGAACCAGACUGGUGGGCUCGGAGGAAUUGCCCGGGAUCAAGUGGUCAUUGACGCGGCCGCUAGACAGGGUGCAUCUUACAUGAUACCAUUGAGUCUGAUGCAGUAUAAGAAUUCAAACGAUGGUCCCGAGGGACACUAUCUUGGAAAUCUGUGGCCGGAACAGAAUGGCGAUGCUGCGCUGAACAACUACGCCAACAUGACGAUCUGGCCUCAUACAGGCCUGCAGCCGCUCAUCCACUCGUUUGCGACCGCUUUCAGGGCGUUUCGGGGCCCAUCGGAAAUGAGACCUCAGAAUGGGAAUGAGGCAGCCGGCGCCAUCUGGUACCAGACCCCGGCCUUCGAUAUACCGUGCCCUUUUGAGGACAUCGGGGAGCCUACUACCACCUUCUGGAGCAAACCUGCAGGGUACGAGACAUUUUCCAACACGACCCAGUGGGCGGUUGUUCUCAACGAGACGGUCGGAGGUUAUAACCCCAGCGAACUGGCGCUCUUCAUCACCACUGGUGAUGGUGUUCGGGUGGUGGCCAGCAACUUGACUGCCGGCCUGAAUUUCGCUCAGGGCCCGGAUGUGCAUGGCGGGAGUGAUGUUACCAUGGUGUUAGCUCCUAUUUCCGGUGGCGACAUCCUUUACCAUGCCUCAGGAGGUAAAUGCCCUGAUUCAUAUUGUAGGGAUGGAUUCUACAACCUGAACUAUCAGGUCUUGCCACUG